CGCGAUGGUUCGCAGAAGUGUACGGGUGCCCGGGACAUAACCGUCGAGAAAAUGGCCAAAACAAUCGUAUCAGCGGCGGCGGCGGCCUUAGCGUUAGUGGCGUGUUGUUUCGCGUCGGCGGUCGGCCAAGAACCGGACACGUUGUUCGCGGACGACCCGAUGAUGGCCGACGAGCUGACGGCCCGGCCGCCGGACAUGAUGAUGACGGCGUCCGCGUACUUGACGGCCGCCGCGGCGUCGUCGGGCCGCGACGCGCCCGGAAAACCGUCGGCCACCAACAUCCAGAAGGUGACGCGCACGCCCAAGGCGGUGGGCGCCGCGUCCGCCCCGAUGAUGACGGUGGCCGCGGCGACGGCCGACAACCAAACCGCGGCCGCCGCGUCCGCCACGUCCGACCUGGAGUGGCUGCUGAACGUGUACAACCCGCACCGGUGGAACCCCGUCAAGCUGCCAGCCGCGUCCAAGCUGUCGGUCCAGUGCCGUGACGUCAUGAAGGUCUAUUUGGAAUCGUUGCGCCAAGGAUCGUUUUGGGCGGCCAAAAUUGCCGACGCUAGUGGACGUUACUCGUCACAGCUGUUUUUCGGUAAUGAUUUCUGGCUGGGAUCUCACACCCUCUGCAUGGAAUUACAAAACAAAAAUACCAACAAAUACGUACCACCGUUUGAAGCCACGUUUUACGUAGCGAAAUUAGCUAUAAAACUUCAUGAUCAGCUGACCCCUAAAACCAGAUUAAUUUCACUUGGUCUAUGUAUGCCGAAAGAUUGCAGUGCUACGGAUGUUAAAAAUAUGGUCAGUAUUCCAAAGGAAGACAGCGGAUUUAACUAUCGUAGUUAUAGCGUGAUAAACGUCAGGCCUGUACCCGGUUCAUAUUCUCUGUGGUCGGACAGUAAAUUUCAUAUACUAUUAAUCGUUGUUGGAUUGAUAACUUUACUGACAAUUUUGGGAUCAGGGUAUGAAAUGGUCCUUCAACGCCGUAAAGCCAAGGAAUUUAAAAAUAGCCAGAUUAGUCAACAAAAUAAUAACGAAGGCGAUUCAAAAGUGGAUUUCACAUUGGAAAAGAUGCAUAUGAAGGCUUCUAGAAAUAAUGACGAGACUGCGGUAGAUGAUCUACUAUUUAAAGUUAGUCGCAAUGAACAGAUUUUAUUAGCUUUCUCGGCUAUCACCAAUGGCAGGAAAAUCCUACAUUGCGGGCCUGCGCCAGCUGAUUCGUUAACUUGUGUGCACGGACUUCGAUUUUUAAGUUUAGCAUGGGUCAUAAUGGUUCACACAUACUUGCAAGUGUUUUCGAUCGCAGAAAACAAAACGUUGAGGACGUUGACUGAGAGGAACUUUAUGUUCCAAACGGUGAGCAACGCAACAUUUUCUGUUGACACAUUCUUUUUUAUCAGUGGUCUAUUGGUUACGUAUUUGUAUUACAAGACUACCAGCAAAAAAGACGGACCAGAAAUAGCUGUUUCUCGAACUCCAAGAUGUAGUUCAACCGUACUGAAAAAUGAUACAAUUAAAUUUUUGAAGUUACUGGGAUAUAGAUUUAUCAGAUUGACGCCAGCAUACAUGGUUGUCCUAUUAAUGGCUGAAGUGUCUAGUCGAUGGCUUCGAAACAUUUCAGUUUUUGAACCAGAAAAUAGCAACCAUAUUAGCUGUGCUAAUUAUUGGUGGAGAAAUAUAUUGUACAUAAACAGCUUAUAUCCCAGAAGCGAAAUGUGUAUGCUGUGGAGUUGGUAUAUGUCUAACGACACGCAGUUUUAUGUUUUAGCAGUCAUACUACUUCUCUUUUCAGCCCGACAUUUCAAAGGAGCAGUGAUCGGAUUGGUGGCAUUCUUGGUUGGAUCGUGGGUCGUAACAAUAUCAAUCGCAGUGCAUUAUAAUUUUAAAGCAAGGAUAGAGGAACCUUUUGGAUUGUUCGACGAGCUUUACGAUAAACCCUGGUCAAGACUUGGACCUUAUUUGUUUGGCAUGUUUGCUGGAUGGUUUUUGUUCAUCACUAAAUGCAAAUUAAAAAUGUGUUUCUGGACGGUUACGUUGGGCUGGUUCUUCUCGCUGUUCACCUUGGCGUACCUGGUGUACGGUCUACACGUGGUGCACUUGGACGUGGCCGGUUCGGCUCUCUACGCAUCCGUCGGUCACUCGGCCUGGGGCGCCGCUCUCGCGUGGAUCGUGAUCGCCUGCUGCACCGGUCACGGCGGUUGCGUCAACUCGGCCCUGUCCUGCCGGCUGCUCCAACCGCUCAGCCGGCUCACGUACUGCGCCUAUCUCGUGCACCCCCUCAUCAUGGCCAUGACCAACUUCCAGAUGGACGGACCGCUACAUCUGCACAACUUGAUCACGAUGAUAUUGUACUUCGGUAACGCAGUAGCAUCAUUCAUGUUAUCCUUCUUCAUUUCGCUGACAUUUGAAGCGCCUGUGGUGAACCUGCUCAAAAUUAUGUUAACGCCACCGCAGACGAAAACUUCGAUGGAAAAAACCUCGAUGGAAAAAAACAGUUCCGAAACACAAGACUCGUAACACUGACAAAUGUUAUUAUUAUAUUGUAAAAUAAUAGCAUAAUAAUAUCGAUACAGCUACCUUUAAGUAUAGUUUAUAUUAAAUUAUUUUCUUAUAUUAAUUA